CUUCGGGUUGUUUGAGCAAGGAAUGGAAGUGAAAAGAUAGGUUCUAGUGCAGGGCUUGAUGUUUGGUCUCAGCGUGAGGCUUGGUGAUAUUGGAGAUGGUUGGUGCUCUCAUCCUGGGCAGAGCGCGUUGGGAUGUGUUGUGCUGGGUGUCUGUGCUUUCAUUGUGUGACAAAACCAUUAAUGGGAAAAAGGUUGUCAUGGGAGAGCUCCAACCGAAGCAAGAUUCCCAGUAAUGACUGCCUGUGAAUAAACACACAUGUGGAACAAUAGAUAGACAACCUUGAGGUUCCCCUGCUUUGCUGCUCUGUGGUAAGUUGUGUACACUGUAUGUUGUCACAGUCGUAUGGGGAGCUCCAGACAUCCUACUGCAGAUAAUUUCCCUGUGUUACAACAAAACAGAAAAAGAUUUAAAGAGCUCUCUUUGGGUUCGGUUUUUCAAAAGAAACAAUCUUUAAGUCUUUCCAUGUCUCUCUGUAUUCAUGUUGUCCUAAUGUGCUUUUAAUAGACACGGAUAAAAGUUUGCUGCUGUAAGGUCAGGGUACUGAAGUCUUAAUUCCUUAUUUGAUGCUUUGAUUGUCUGAAUGUCUGCAAGUCUAACGAGCGGUGUAACAGAAGGAUCUUGCAACCCCUGAUGAUGGUCCCAGUGUUGACUCCAAAUAAACUGCUGCCUGGUACAGAGAAUAGCAAGGGAAAGAAGUUGGCGAGCAGCUCAGUGAGCCGUGGGCUGCGCUCAGCAUUUCCACUCAGACAUGCAGCGGUGGCAGAACAAUUUCUUACGUGAAGUCACCAGAGACUGUUGCAUGACAUCUAUUCCAAGAGUGUUUAUUUCUGGGUGAGCUAUUUCGAGGUUUCCUACAUUGCCUGUUGAAAUAAAUGUGAUGGCAGCACAAUGAUUUCCAGUGCUGUUCAAAGUCCUUGGACACAACCACAGCAUACCCAGCCAAAUCCAGGGGAAAUUACAACUAGAAAAAGUCAGAUUUCUUUCUGCUAUAUCAUUUAUAAACUAUUUAUAAGGGAGCAUCAGGCAGUACUGUUCAUUAUAAUAUCUGAGUGCCAUACUGAGUAUUGGAAGUGGUGUUUUUCCCACUCUCUGGACUUGCUGAAGCACCAGCAGUAGUGCUCCUCUGCCCGGCAGUGCUCCAUGCUUGCUCUGUGCCCUGGCUCUUCCAUCUUCCCAUAGAAAACCAUUCCCAAAGAUGGAUUGAGGGUAGGCUCACACCCAGAGAAAUGUGGGAUUUCUCUCUCGUUGCACCUGCAGCAUCAUCCACACAGGAAAUAUUGCACAUCUUGCUGCAACUUACAAUGCAGUUAGCAUGCUAGGCUGUGCUUGGGAAAUAGCUCUCUUACUGCUUGGCAAUAUUUUCUGUGCUUUUGCUAAAAGAAAACCAGGGGUGUUUCUUAAGCACGCGUGAAGUUAAUCUGCAAUCUGCCCCUCUAUCUGAAACGCUCAGCUCGUGUCUCCAUGUGUCAUCAACAGCCAAGUGCACGGAGAUUGGGUUCUGGGAGCUCUGCCACUCGGGAAUACAAAAACCCACAGCCACACAUCCCCAUUUCAAACCUGGGAAACCACCAGGCUCUGCCCACAGCCCUGGGCUCACCCAAGGCCCCACUCCUUGGGGUGCCCUGCUGACACCACGGGGACCCGCCUGGCAUCGGCUCCAGACAAUGUUCAGUUCUGUUAAUACAGUUUUGUGGCCUCAAGUUGCAGCACUGCUUUGUGUAUUUCUGGGAGCCCCUUCCAAAACCCCAGGGCAGUAAAUGAGCAGCUGCUCUUUAUUGCCUGCACCAAAUAUUCAGGUGAGGUACAGAUGAGUUACUUUGUGCCAGGAUUCCCUCUCACUGGGAUAACUGCAGCAACUGCUGCUCUGUUCCAAUCCAAGCCCCAUCCAAAGGUGUAGAUUUUGUUGAUAAGGCAAUUUCAAUUCAACUUUUUCUAUUUGAGAUGUAUGGCUUUUCUAGUGAAGUGAUUGUGGCUGCAGGAGUGCCUAAUUUUAUCUUGAAGCUGCUGUGGAAAGAGGAAGGAGAACUGCAGCCAAAGAAAAGCUUGAGCAUAAAAACCCACAUGAUGUGAAUGAGUCCGCAGCAGUGAAACCUGUGUGUUUGCUUGGGCACAACUUGCUGAGUGAAUAGCAGUGAUGGAUGAUUCUAUAUAACGGUCCUGUUUGAUCGCAUCGAACAGCUUUUAAUAAUUAAAGAAGCAUGCCCUUUCAUCCGCAGUUAAUGGUUAGCUUUAAUGGUUAGUUUUGCUCCUCGCCUUUUCUGCUUCUAAAGAAUGUGAUUAUUUUGCAGCCAUUUCCCCAGUUACAGAGGAGAUCUGCUCAGAUUGUGAGAAACACAAACAUGAAAAUUGCAAAGUAGAUGGAGACAUUUGGAAGUACACAAGAACAGGAGGAGAAGAUGAUGCUACAAAAACACCAUAAAAUCAAACAAAUCCAUUUCUGGUUCAUCCCCACUGCCCCCAUCGGCCAGCCAAGAUUCAGCUGUAAGACAGAAAGGCAUUUCCCAGGGGAUGAGGGACAUCUGCGUGCCCUGUGCCAGGCCCCAUUACAGCAGCAGCUGCAGGCCAAUAGCACAUGCAGAUAAUUGUGCUACGUAAUUAGCUCCCUCCAUUCCCAGCAGUGCUGUGCUCGGGGCUCCCGGUGGUGCAGAAGGAGCGGAGCUGCUCCUGUGCUCAGCAUUUUCAGUUCUGCUUUGGGGAUGGAGUAGUGGAGGUGUCAAAAUGAAGGUCAAUAACGCGCUGGCGAAGGCUCUGUAUGACAACAAGGCAGAGUGCUCGGACGAGCUGGCCUUCCGCCGAGGGGACAUCCUGACAGUGCUGGAGCAGCACGUCGUGGGCAGCGAGGGCUGGUGGAGGUGCUCACUGCAUGGACGGCAAGGCUUGGCUCCUGCCAACCGCCUGCAGCUCCUGGCGGGGCCACAAGCCCUGCCGCCUCCUGCCAUCCCCAGCGAUGCUCCAGAGCCACCCGUGGCCUUGCAGAACAUCUACCAGGUGCCAUCUGUGCCCAAAGGCACUGCGUCGUCCUCUACCUAUGAGAAGAUGGAGGGCUGGGUGACGUCGCCGGCUCGGGCUGCCACCCUGCCUGCUCAGGGGGUCUACCAGGUGCCGGCCUUGGCUGCACAGCUGCUCAGUGAGAAGACACGGAGUUCCACGCAGCAGCACCUCUUUACUCUCCCGAGGGCGUGCCGGGCUUCAGUGCCAAACAUCACCAGUGAGGUGUAUGAUGUCCCAUCCAUGCAGAGCCGGGAGUCCUUGCUCACACAGGUACGUCUUCCCUCAGUCCCUCACGUACCACUGGUCCCCAACCCAUCUCCCUCCCAUAGAGCCUCAGAAUACAGCUUAAGAUUUAGGCUUCGGGCUUCCGCGGCAGCCGGGAAUCGCCGGCACGUGAGCGCGGAGCGCCGGGUUGCGGAUACGGGAUCCCCUGAAAAGGCAGCCACGGAUCUCAGUGGUGAGAACAAGAAACUCAACAAAUCUCAGCAGCUGAAACAAGUUUUCAAACAGUAUGGUGCUGUAGGAGUUUCGUUCCAUGUUGGAAUUUCAUUAAUAUCUCUAGGAAUCUUCUACGUGGCUGUGUCAAGCGGCGUGGAUAUGACUCCAGUUCUCUUCAAACUUGGUUUCAGUGAAUCAUCAUUGCAAUCUAAAAUGGCUGCUGGCACAAGCACGUUUGUGUUGGCAUACGCCAUUCACAAGCUGUUUGCCCCGGUACGAAUCAGCAUCACUGUGGUUUCUGUGCCAUUUGUUGUCCGAUACUGCCGGAAGAUUGGUUUCUUCAAACCUCCUGCUCCAAAGCCAUGACAAUUUCUUAUUGUUUAUUAUUAUUAUUUUUUAAAUGUUUGAUGUUCAUGUCGCUCUUCAGAUACUGCUUUGAAUUCAUGCUAAUGCUGACCUUCUCUUGCAUUUCUCUGGCUUAUUCUUUCAGGUAGAUGUGGCAGUGAGAAGUGUUGUCCUCAUCUUUCCCUUUGUAAAAAGCUCUUGAAACAGAGUCUGGUUUCCACUUCAAGUGCUCAUACAAAUGCUUGACACUGUGCAGUCUCUCACGAAAACCAGACGUACAAUUCUGGGUCUUUAUUGUCUAGAUUUGUGGAUCAUUAAUGCUUCUCAUGCCAAAAUGCAGUUGCAGUUUAUUACAGCACAGUUGGGAAAUAGAGUAAGAUCCCUUUCCUAGUAGCAGAAUACUGUUUCUUCCAUGGACCAUGUAAAUGUUCUGUUGGUAAGUAGGGUACUGGGAUCUAAGGUGCAACGUGAGUGUCUCUUUUGUUGCAGAAGGCAUAUGUUACAAUCCCACUCCUGCAGUCCAACACACAUGCCAAACUAACUUCACUGAGAGUACCUGUAUGCUUAAUUAUUGCACAGUUAUAAUUGUUUUAGCUAGGAGAGGCAAUGCACCUCUCUGAAAUUAUGGCUCCUUUGUGGUGCUUCCAUAUCUCAAGAUUUUGUUGUGUGAAACUAUGCUUUUCGGACCUUUCUAAGGUCUUUUUUCUUUUCCUUUCAGUUUUAAAUGCUACAGACUCAUACUGAGUCUCGUGAAAUCAUUAUAACCAGAAUUACCUCCUAUGUGAAUGUAUUCCAAAGAUAAAGUGAGAGGCAAAGUAACUGUGGUGUCGAGACCUGGCUUUGUUACUGGGGACAUUUUGUUGGUCUGUUUUGGGGUUUUGUUUUUGUUUUUUAAGUUAGCUGUUAACAUGGGGGCUUUCUGCUCCAGUGGAUGAAUCUCUGAUCCUCAGCUGAAGUCCAGUCAGAACUUCUCAAAUGCAAUUCUUGUGCUUGUCUAGUACGCUGUUGAGCAUACCAACUCAAGGUGUAAUUCACUUCCUUAUUUGGGCAGUAUUCCUAUUAAGUUGUAUUUGCAUAUAACCACUUUUCCAUUAACUUAAAAACUGGAUUUCAAAUCCAGGUGUUCAGCUUAACAUUCUGUGCUAAACCUGGGUUUCAGACUUAGGACUGUGCUUCUGUGAGAUGACUGAAGCCACAUCAGAGUCUUUUGGACCCGUUCUCCCUUCAUCUGUUCUUUUGACAUCAUCUACCUCUGUGUUUGUGCUUAUCACUUAUGCCAUGGUGGCUCUGACAGAUUUAUUUGUAUAGAAUCUGAACUAAAAUGGCAGAAAACUACUCUGACCAUCAAAGUAUUUUAUUUUUUUUUCUGAGUUGUCUUUUUGAAAAGAAAUACUGCUCAAGUAAAGUAAAGAGGGAAGAACGAGGCAUGUCUUUGUCCUGAGCAAGUUAUUAACACUGCUUAGACAUAACGUUAAGCUGCAUCCUUAGUUAAUCAGUGUGAAUAUUAUAUUUGGUACUGGGAUAGUAGCUAUAGUAGCUUAUUGCUGGCUAUCCAAGAGCUAAAAACCUGCAGUGUCUACACAGCAAAGGGAUACUGUGCAGUAACAACACGCAGCCACCACCUCUGUUGUUUUCUGAUCUACUACAGUCUGGGGCUGGAUAGAGAUAAUUUCUGCUGUCUGCCUCUUUGACAAUUAAAGUCUUACUUUGGCUCUUUUUGCUUCACUUUCCAAGAAACAUGUUCUUUUCUACAUAUUUUCUGGCUGUUCAGGUCAUUGUCCUGUUAUCCAAGGGUAACAAAAAGGAUUCCAUAGUAAUCAAAUAACGACAGCCUUGCUUUGUUUGAUCUGUGAUUUCUAGCAAGUAGGUCUUAUCCUGAAGGUGAUAAAAGGAGUCAAACCUUUCCUUUCUUGUUCCCAGAGUGUUUCUAUAAAACAAGACUCAUUUAAAGCAGAUGUACCUGGAAGUUGUUAAGAGGUACAAGCAGCAUAGAUUUUGUUGUGGUAAUAGGAAAACCCUUCAUUUAAAUUGUGACCUGUAAGAUAAUGAUGGUUGUAUAAACUACUGGCACUUUUAGAUGAGUUUUUGCUAAAUAUUUUACAGUGAUUUGAGAAUAUAUUUUGAAUCCUAGAAUCCUUGCUUGUAAAAGAUCUUUUUGAAAUAGUUUGUAAAAUAGUAAGAGACCUUCCAUGGCUCCUGAUAAUGAAAAAAAUAAAUUGCUUUCUCGUA